ACGGAAUAUACCAGUCUCUUCUAUGUCAUAUCUACCCGAUCCCUUUACCGAGUAUACGAAAUGCCUCUAGAAAGCCUCUACUGAGUAUACGAAAUGCCUCUAGAAAGCCGCUUCGCUCCAUCCCAACUCAGACUCUUAGGAUUUUCUUCCUAUUACGGUCUCUUCCUCGUUUUCUUUGUUUGACGCUCCAGCCCAACUCGCAACCAAUUGCGCCGUCCACUCCUGUCAACAAUCGUCGCUCGUCUUCAACAGCCGCAUACCGGCGACCACUGUGAGUAAAGUUACCCUUUGUUCCAUUCUCUCAUCACGUUCACUGUGGGCAAGGCUAUAGAUAAGUGGAUUAUACUUACCCAUAGGUUAACCACUUACGGCGCUUCUUCUUCCUCACGUUCACGUUGGACGCUGCCUGCAACCACGAACGGCGUUAAUGGAAAACAAACCCAUGAUGCGACGGCCUUUGACAACAGUAGCGUUUUCCCUCUAUUCGGAUUAAGUGAGGUUGGAUACAACAAACGAGGUUUCGGGUCGUUUUGGGUGAGAUUUAGUGGAUUCGGAAUGGUUUCAGGGCUAUUCGAAGACUUUUCAGCAAAGACCCAAGCCUAUUUUGGAACGUUUAGAUGCUUUUAGAUUGGUAAAUUCAUAUUUGGUCUCAUAAACCCCAAAACCUUGCCACUCUUACUCCCGGUGGCGACACCGUUUAAGCCCUAACGAACUUACGCAUCACACUCUUUGCCACCUGAAAAACAUGUCGGAAUCGGCACUGGAUUUUCUUCGAACUCAUGAGCUCCGUCUCCUCUACUGCACAUUCUCUUCUCUGCCCUCUGAUUGUCCGGCUGAUUCUCAAACUCAAACUUCACGCAACCGUCUCCACGAAUCUCUAGACAUCUUGGUGAAUUCUAUUUUAGCUGGCGACUACCAGAAAGCCCUUGCUUCCAAUGCUGCUCAACUUGUGCUUGGACUCGUCAAUAUGUCGCCGUGUCAAUUCACUGACUCGACUGAGUGUGCCGAGCAGGUGUAUGCUGAGUUGCUCGAGUGCGCUGAGAAAUUCGUAAUUAGCAAAUUUGAAAAUGAGGAAGAUAGAUUGUGUAGGCUGAUGAUCGUGGUUUGUAUUGCAAUUGCAUCAUUUCUCACAUUUACUCAAAGUAACGUGUCUGGACCAUUAGAGGGGCUGGCUAGAUCUCCCAUGGCAGUCAUAGAGUUGAAAGUUGAAGGUUUUGUGGAGUGGGAUAAUUGGGCGAGGCACCAGCUGAUGUUUACCGGGUCCGAUUUAUUUGGCAAAUUCACUAAUAUUCAGUAUAUUGUGUUUGCAAAGAUGCUGCUCACAAGGAUUAAAGACAUGCUAUUCAAAGAAAAUACGAGUUCAAAAUAUGGGAUGAAAAGCAUUUCUUGGUGGCUUGCCAGAGUACUACUUUGUCAACAAAGAAUUUUAGAUGAGCGGUCGUCUUCUUUGUUUGAUCAUUUGCAAGUCCUUAUGGGUGAAGCCUUAGUUGAUUUUGGCAUUCAGGAAAAUGUAAAGAGUUAUUGGGGUGCCAAUUUGCAAGAAGGAGAGGCUUCAACGAUUGUCUCGAUGAUUCACUUGGAAGCUGGGAUAAUGGAAUAUUAUUAUGGAAGAGUUGAUUCAUGCAGGCAACAUUUUGAGUCGGCUGAAGUGGAAUCUGGUCUUGAGCUUUCUAUUACAGGUGUUCUUGGUUUUCGUACUUCAUAUCAGGUGGAACCAAAGGCACAGUUAGUGCUUGUUGCGAAUGCAGACUCAUCAGAGAGGGAGCCUGGGCACCAGGCGCAUGGUUCUACGAUGCACAAGGAUAAUUUGCCUUCCCAAUCCAAAACUUUUGAGACCUCUGACAUACUAAUGGCGCCAAAGUUGUUAAAUAAUGAUAACGAGUCAGGAACUAAAGCAGAUGGGAUUCAUAAUGGUGGUUCCACUAUUCCUAAUCUCAGGCCAAUUCAGCAAGCAAUCAUUUUGGCAAAAUGCCUUCUAAUUGAGAAGAGUUCUCGAUCUGAUGAGAUGCAGCGGUGGGAUAUGGCUCCAUAUAUAGAAGCUAUUGACACUCAGCAGUCAUCAUUGUUUAUGGUGAGGUUUUUCUGCAACAUCUUGCGAGUUCGAUGGGAGUCCAGCCGUAGUCGUACAAAGGAGCGUGCUUUAGUGAUGAUGGAAAAAUUGGUUGAGGGUUAUUAUGAUUGCUAUCCAGGAGUGGUGCAAAGGAUGUUUUUCUGUUGCGGGGUUUAUGUUCCUACUUUUCCUGCUUUGCGGAAAGAAUAUGGUGAACUUUUAGUGAGCUGCGGUUUAAUUGGAGAGGCAGUUAAAAUAUUUGAGGAGUUGGAGUUGUGGGAUAACUUAAUUUUCUGUUACCGCUUAUUAGAGAAGAAAGCAGCGGCUGUAGAUCUCAUCAAAAGUCGACUUUCUCAAAUGCCCAAUGAUCCCAAACUCUGGUGCUCAUUGGGUGAUGUUACAAAUAGUGAUGCCUGCUAUGAGAAAGCCCUGGAAGUUUCAAAUAAUAGAUCAGCUCGAGCUAAGCGAUCCCUUGCUCGUAGUGCAUACAACAGAGGGGACUAUGAGACCUCCAAAACCCUGUGGGAGUCUGCAAUGGCCUUGAAUUCUAUGUAUCCAGAUGGUUGGUUUGCGCUUGGUGCUGCUGCAUUGAAGGCAAGGGAUAUUGACAAGGCACUUGAUGGUUUUACUCGUGCAGUUCAACUUGAUCCUGAAAAUGGGGAGGCUUGGAACAAUAUUGCUUGUUUGCAUAUGAUUAAGAAAAAGAAUAAAGAGGCCUUCAUUGCGUUCAAAGAAGCCUUGAAAUUCAAACGAAAUAAUUGGCAAUUGUGGGAGAACUACAGCCAUGUUGCUUUGGACACUGGCAAUAUUGUCCAGGCAUUAGAAGCGGUACAACAGGUAACAGAUAUGACUAAUAAUAAAAGAGUUGAUGCCGAAUUGCUGGAGAGAAUCAUGCAGGAGGUAGAAAGGAGAGCUUCAAAUAGCCAUUCUGAAUCACAUCAUCAUGAAGCAGACUUGGUGGUUGAAAAAAAUAGGGAAACUGAUCAUAUGGUGGAGUUAAUUGGAAAAGUUCUGCAUCAGAUUAUGCUGAAAAGAUGGACUUUGAUACUGGGUGAUCUAAGCUGUAAGGAAAAGAAUAGGAUUGUUCGAGGUGGGACUGGAGCAGACAUAUGGGGCAUAUAUGCAAGGUGGCACAAAAUUAAAGGAGACUUCACCAUGUGCUCUGAGGCUCUUCUGAAGCAAGUUAGAUCAUAUCAGGGUUCAGAUCUUUGGAAAGAUAGGGAGAAGUUCCUAAAGUUUGCACAAGCUUCAUUGGAACUAAGCAGGGUCUACAUGCAUAUAUCAUCGACUGCAAAUAGUCAGCGAGAACUGUAUGCAGCUGAGAUGCACCUCAAGAACACAGUAAAACAGGGUGUAAACUUCUCAGACACCAAAGAAUAUAGGGAUCUUGAAGAUUGCUUGGAUGAAGUGAAGACAAGAUUGGAAUCUAGCUCUAUGCUCCCUUGAGAUCUUAUUUAGAAGUUUGCAAUACUUGUACACCUUACUCGGCGAAAUAUUAUACAACACGAGUGGCUCUGUGUAUGGCUCUUGCUUCUGAUUCUAUUCUUGUUCCUUUGAAUCUUUUCGAAUUGGUCGAUUGAAGGGGGCUCGUAGUUGUACUGCUUUCAUGGAAAUUCACAGCUUCUUCAUGUCUAGUGUGCCAAAGUCUGGAGUUAACUGCACAGAACACAUAUGUGAAGAACUGUCAAAAUAUUUGCUGUGAGCUAUCCCCACCUUUCUCAUAUGCUACAUAUUUAAAAAUUUUGCUCCAUUUGGGAGAGAAUUCUAUCAACCAUUUUAUAAGUUAUGGAAUUUUUCACAUAUUCCGAGGAAAAAGGUCUGCUUUAAUUUUCAAUGUUUACGAGCAGAUGUAAAAAAGAUUGUAUCAUUAGAAAAGAAGUGAGUUGUACCAAAUUAAUGGAAGUUCUUUAGUUGUUUUAGUUGAUUGUAUAAGAUUAAUGCAUACAAAUUCUAAUGACAAGUUGAUUGUACAAGUAAUUAGUGGAAACCAUUAUUUUUUCUUUCUAA